AAGACAUACCAGCUUUGAGAAUGAACUAAACUAAGGAAAAGCUACUGUUGCCCCUCCACAGACAUAUACAAGAAGGCCUUUGAUGCCAGACCGACGCCCAUUUAAAAAAAAAAAGGCACCUUGACCACAGACUCUUGUUUGGGGAUGGAGGGCUAGUUCUCAGGCCCCGGAACCGUAAGACUCCACCGGAGGCAGAACAGAGUCGGAACAGAAAGCGGGGCUCCCCAGCGCGAAUCUAGCUUAAGGCUUCCGCCCGGCGGAGAAUCCCAUUGCAACUUCCGCCCGGCUCUAGUUCCGCGCCCUCUCCCGGCGAUGUUUGCCGUCUCUAUGGCAACCCGGUAGUUGAAGUUUGACUAUGGAGGCGAAGGAGUCUUCUACACUGUCUCCAUCUUUAGAGGUACACCCCAGCUCCGAUGGGCUGGGGACUACUUCAGAACCGGUUUCUUCAGAUGUCAGCCCUGGGUCUGUCCUGGCAGCCAAAACGGCAGCAACUGCCGCUGCGGCUGCACAUUUUACAACCUCGUCUACAGCCUCGUCUACCGCCAGAGCACCUGUGUUAUGUGCACAGCCCCCAGCUGAGUCCGCAGAGCCCUCCUCUGACAGUCCUGAGUCCUACAAUGCACCCUACCAGAUGGGACAUGGGAAUCUUGGCUUUCCAUCCACUUAUAUUGCCUGCAUUGCUCAGGAUCCCUGUACUACAACUGACGUUAGCUCCAGCCUUGGCCUUGUAACUACGUCAAGCUCUGGUCCUGGACCCUGUGUCCCUGAAGCUACUCCUUGUUAUGGCAUUGUUCCUCUCUGGUUCUGCUCCUUGGCCUAG